CUCGAGUAUUAUUGAAUAUCUAUGUUAUGGUUGGUACGCUGACCUCGGAAUCACCUGGUAGUAUUUGUAAACAAAGCCUAACCAGGCACUCUACGUGAAAGUUUAUUUUGAGGGUUUUUAACUGGUACAGGAACCUGGUACUGUAUUGAAGAUUUCAAGAAAAUAUCUUUACAUGCAACAGUACUUUGAAGUCCAGUAAAGAUAGUUGAGAUCAGUGUGGGGUAUGACUAAAAUUGUGACACUGCAGAGAUUUACAUUGCCUCCACCAGCAUUAUGUGAACAUGAAAAAUCAGUAUUUUUAAAGAAUCUUUGUGAAGAAAAAGUGUUUCUGUCAGUGUUGUGCAUUAUGAGUCAGUGACAACAUGGAAGGAAUGUGCAGUGAUUUGGCAUUAAUUACAGAAAUGUUGAUAAUUUGAUAACAUUGAGAUUUUUAGUGUGUGUGAUUCAGAACUAAUGCAGAUUAACGUAGAUUGCAUAUAUAAACCUGGAAAUUUUGCUUGCAAAAUUGUAUAAAAUUUUGACUGUAUUAAUAUGUGGGAGCAAGUGGAUACCUUCCUAGGGCCAUAUUGUUUAGUGUCCAGAAAAUGCAAAGGGGACCAAUAAGCAUUGAAAACAAAGACAGUUAUUUUACUGAAAAUACUUUGGGUAACAAGGCAGAACAAGAGAAUCUUAUUCCUGUGGGUAUGUCCAAAUCUCCUGAGUCAAAUACUGGUAAUGACUGUAUUUCACAGGAUCAUAACAUUUUGCAAGCAGACACUUCAAGUAAUAUUUUAAAGCAAAAGAAUGGUGGUGAGUUGAUUUCUAGUGACUCUAAUCAGAAUUUUAGUUGUCCCAUUGUGGACUUUAUUCAUGAUGCCUCUUUGCCGAUAAAAAUUGAGAACACCAAACCAGUUAAGACUGAGCUGAAAGAUACAUGCAUAGAUAAGGAGCCAUAUGUACAGAGCCUUCUGUUGAAUAGUAAGAAAGGAAAUUUUGAAGAUACUAAUUCAUGCACAGAUGCUGGUGACAGUAAUGAAAUUCAGGGAGAAAUGGAUGUUCAGGAAGAUGAAAAUUCAGCAUCCUCAUCCUGUCUAGAUUCUUCUAAUGCCACAUCUGUCCCUGUUGCUUUGAAGUCGUCAAGUGAAGGUGAUGAUUAUGGUACCACCAUGGCACAAGAUUCUGGUCAGUGUGUUCCGUUUACAAAAGAUAUGGGGAAAAUGGUGAUGAAAGUUGUGAGCAAAUUUGUCAAAGCACAGAAAAGCAAGAAGAAAAAGAUAAAGUCUCUCAGCAAAGAGGAUUUUCAUUUAUAUACAUGGAAGCUGACAGAUUAUUGUGAUAUUGAAAAGUACAGAAAUAUCUAUGAGGUCCAUCUUUCUUGGUUAAAAAGUUUAAAGCAGCAGCAGAUUACAGUCACAAAUCUUCGAGAGUAUGUUUUGCUUGUUAAGAUAGAGUCUUGCGUUGCAGUAGCAUUUAACAAGAUAAAAAACUCUUUGGUGGAAGGGGUUUCAUUUAAUAAUUUGUGUGAGGCAAUUACUCCUCAUUCUCAUGGUUUUGAUUUAUCAGAGCUUGAGUAUAUUUUGUCACACAGUCCCCUAUAUUGCAAGAUGAAUGAUGUUUGGAAGAAGUGCUAUGCUGUAGAUGGAAUUAAGGAAGAAAAUCACUGGCAAGGAAUUUUGUACAUGAGGAAAAUUUGGGCGAAUAUAAAGCCCUCAUCAGAAGAUAGAUUUAUAAUCGUAAAAUUUUUCCUGUCAAAUUCCUGUGAUAAGUCUGCUGAUGGGUUAGCAAGAUCUGUUUGCAAGGGUUUGCAUAUUCCGUAUUGUUUUGACAUGGUGGAAAAGGUCCUUGACAUUCUGAAGGACUUGUUAAGAAGAAAGGAGGUGGUAAGAGUUACUGGUGGUACUUCAUCAGCUACAGGUGGUCCGUCACCAGAAGAGGCUACAGGAAGACCAACAUCCUUUCUAGAUGUUCAGAAGAGUGUUAUCAGUAGUGAAAAAUGUACUGAGGGUUUAACACAAGAAAUGUCUUCCCUGCAAAGUUCCAGUACUGUUGCUGAAUCAGAGAAAAGCAAUGUCGUAAAAUGUGAGAAUUCAGAUGAGUGCAUGCCAGCUCAGUCAGUAUCAGAUUCUACAGUAAGUUCAGUUUGUGUAGGAGAACUUUCUCAAACUACUGUUUCAUCAUUGGAUGCAACUCAAAAGACAUGUGGUACCACUAAUUUUUCUGAAAAAAGUGUAGAACAAAAUCUUGAUGAAGCUACUACACCCGGAGAACAGGCCAUUGUUAAUGCAAUUACAGACGUGAAUUCAUAUAUAAGAGUUUUUGUUAAUAAAGAAGGAAAUGAAAUAACCAAGGAACCAUCUUUAAAGCAGGAGAGCCCUGUAUCAGAAGAGAAGCAAAUUAAAAAAAUUAAGAUUAAAAUUAAUUGUUCUCCAAAAGGAAAACGAGGAAGAAAACCUAAAGAAUCUACACCAGAUGACUACUUUCUUCCCAUGGCUCAGGGUUGGGUACGAGAAUUAGUAAGGCGAGCUGUCACUAAUAGUUCGCGAUACGAUGUUUAUUACCAUCCACCUGUUGGGCCAAAAUUACGAUCAGUUGUUGAAAUAAAAAAAUUCUUAAGUGCAAAGAACAUAACUAACUUAUCCGAACAGAAUUUCUCGUUUGGAAAGAAUCCUCUUGGUUGUGGACCGCCUUAUGAGUUGAUACGUGAUGCACAUGUAUCUAGGAAUUAUUUCAAAAGGAAGGUGAGUGAUACAUCAAGUCCAGAAACACCCAUGAAGAAAUUAACAGAAACACCUGCAGCGGAAAGUACACCCAUGAAGAAAGUAAAGUUAUCACCAGCAAGUUGCAGUUCAGAUUUAACACCAUUGUCAGGUGGCACAAAAGAAAAGGGAAAACGUAAAUCGAAAGUGAAAGUUCCAAUGAAUGCUACUUUGUAUCCCUUAGCACCUACAUCUACUGACAACAUACAUUCAACUACUGUGAAUGAAUCACAGGCAAGCAUGUUGAAUGAAAGUUGGGAUGCUGGCACAAAACCAAAGGGAAAACGUAAAUCGAAAGUGAAAGCUCCAAUGAAUGCUACUUUGUAUCCCUCAGCACCUACAUCUACUAACAACACACAUUCAACUACUGUGAAUGAAUCACAGGCAAGCAUGUUGAAUGAAAGUUGGGAUGAUGAAGUGGAUAUCACUAAUGAGGUUGGUGAAACAACAGGCUAUGAAGGGUGGUUCACAAUUAACCAAACUAACAAGAGCUCUUCACAUACAAAGACAAAACCUGCUGAAAUAGUGAACAAGAUUUUAAUUAAAACCAAAAUGGCAGGGUCAUGUUCAGUUAAUAAGGGCCAAGGAGUGGAAGCCACAAUUCUUAGUGAUAUACCUGCCAAAAGAUCUCCACCAGUAAAACCUAGUUCUUCAAAAUCUAGUGGUGAAGUAAGCAAAGGAGCUUUGUCAACAGGACUUAACGAUGAAACUAGAAAAAGUACCCAAGUGCAAAGUCAUGGUCAAAAUGAAGGGAAAAUCCCAAAUAUCUAUCAGGAUGCAGGACAAGUUAUAAAAAGCCCAUGGUUAGAUAUAAUAGAUAAGUAUGAAAAAAGAAAAAUUAUAAGAGAAAGGAACUCGGGUAGGAAAUUGCAUGACAUCAUGCCAGUUGGGAUGAAGAAAUGCAGUAAUCUCGUAAAAAAUCCAGUAGAUACAAUAUUUCAUCCCAGGCAGUUUCCUGAACCAAAACCAAAAUCAACCACUAGUGAAAAGUCUGCUUGUCAAAUCAGGGUUAAAUGUUUUUCAGAACUAGCAGAGGUACCCAGAAACUCUCAAACUUUGAAUUGCAUGCGUGAAGUCAUUCAGAGUAUUCCUGUACCGACACCUAGUAUAUCCAGUUCAUCAGUGCUUGGAGGAAAGUCAUUGCAACCAGCCAGUGGGAGUGGAAAUUCUUUAGUCAAGAGAAGCAGUGGACAGACAAACCCUCAACAAUCAAAGCCAACAUUUAGUUUAGGUUACAAUUCCCGAAAUAGUUGUCAAGUACUAAAAGGAUCUGAGCCUGAUCCUUCGGCUCCAGUUUGGCAUUCUCCUUUAUCACCAGUUGGAACACAGGUUCUUGUACCUCAAGGAUCGUCACCCCCUGUGUUCAGUGUUUCUUCACCUCAACCAAUGCUGCCUUUCUGUUCAGUUAAUCGCACUAUAAGUAUUAACAAUUUUAAUACAAGUAUUGCUCCUGUGACACCCAUGAUGCCUGCUUUAUCACAGGUACCAAUAAUGCAGCCAAUAGUGCAACCCCUCUUACUUCAUAACUCACCAAGUCCUUUGGCUCCCAUCCAGCAAGGUACUUCUCAUUUGACUCAAGUUCCAUCACAACCAACAGGUACUGAUUUUCUUACUCAGAAUACUAGACUUAACUUUACACAAAGAACUUGUCAAAAUCAAGCUGAUACUGCACAAUUAUCCACAAGCACCAGUCAUCAACAACAUAAUACAGAAAGCAUUCAAACUAAUACAGGUAGCAAUGUCGGUGAAACUGGAUUUGGUUUUUACAAGGAGCUUUCAACUAUGAAUGGAAAUGGAUAAUAUUGGUUAUGAUGUGAGUAUAAUAAUGAAUAUUAAAAAGUAACUACCCCUAUUUUGAUGAGUAUAAUAAUGAAUAUUAAAAAGUAACUACUCUUAUUUUGAUUUUUUGCAAUGUUUUUCUUUUCCUUUUAUCCUGGAAAAAGUUAUUACUGUACAAAUUUUUUAAAAUGAAUUCCAAAGGUUUCUUUAAAGUAUGACUAAAAAGAAUAGUUUUUGUAAAUUGUUAUGUCAAAAGAAUAGCUAUAUAUACAGUUUUGUGUAGAAAAAAACAUGCACUGAAAUGUAGCAAAGUAAAGAAGUUUUUUUAACUGGCUCAAAUGAUCUGACUAGACUUUGCAAAAACUGCAAAAGCUGAAAAAGUUUUAAUUGAAAGUGAAGGGUGAGAUGAUCCUUGAAAUUUUAAUGCACUUUUUUUUCGACUAAUAGUAGGUCAAUAUAGUAGAAUAAUGCCAAUGCAGUGUAAAAAUGGCACUUAUACCUUUACAGUAUUGAUAUAAUUGUGGUACGGAAGUAAAUUAUUUAUUUGAAAUAAAAGUAACCAAAGGACUCAUGAUAUUGUUAUAAGUACCAAAUUGAUGGCUAAAAAUAGGCAGUAUUGUAAAUAUUAAAAAGUUUACUGUUAAUCAUGGCAUAAUGUGAUGCCAACAUUCUAGUAAGUGUAAGGCUGUAGUUCAAUAACAAGAAAAAUUUUUAAGUAUACAGUAAGACUACCAAAGGAAUUGAUUAAAAAUUGAAUGCAAUUUAGAGCUUGGUUCUCAGGUGGGCUGCAAGGAAUAUUCAUGUUGUCUGCACCUUUCCACAGUUAGGCCAGCACCUCAGUGGCGUGGUUGGUUUGGUGUUUGCUUCUCACCUCGGUUGUCACGGGUUCGAUUCUCGGCCAUUCCAUUGAGGAGUGAGAGAUAUGUAUUUCUGGUGAUAGAAGUUCACUCUCGACGUAGUUCGGAAGUCACGUAAAGCCGUUGGUCCCGUUGCUGAAUAACCACUGGUUCCAUGCAACGUAAAAACACCAUACAAACAAACAAGCACAGUUGGGCCACCUUCAGUGUGCCUUGCUUGACACACUAAAGUCAGUAUUAAAUUUUUUUUUUGCACCAUCCUAUUUUGUUCUAGAUUCAUUCCUUUCAGCUUUUUAUCUGUUUCCUUUACUUUCCAACUCUUUUAACUCAGGCUUUCUCUAACUUUUACCUGUAAUUAAAGAAUAAACCCUUUGGGGAAGCCCAGUGAGAGCCUGCAAAUGUGACAAAUCAAGCUGCAGUUCUUUGCAGUAAUUUGAUAGUCUAGUUCCUUUCUGCUUAUGAGAGUUUUAUAUAUUCAUAAGUAAAGUUGUGGUACCAUUAAUAGUAAAGCACUUGAUGUUGCAUGUAUGAUAAAAAUUGAUGUAUAUAAUUUAUCGUAAUUGUGUGUAUUCAGCAGUAUCCAUGAUGAUCUUCACUGCAUACAAACAGCAGCCCCAGUGUGAAAAUUACUCUAAAAGUUACAUGUCUACAUAAACCAAUUUUGAUCUUUGGUUAUGUGUUACAUUAUGAGAGAUGGUGUUUAAUAAAGGUGUCUUCUGAAUUAGUGACAAACUGGUAUAUGACAUAUUCUUUGUAUAUACAUACUGAAUUUAAAUAUCUUGUUAGAUACACUGGUGGUGGGAUAUGUAUUAAGGUUUCUACCAUAUUGUUUUUAUAGAUUGUGUUUAGUUAAAGGAACCUUAAAUGUGUUUCCAUUUGUGAAAAAAGCUGCUGUCAUCACAUGAAUUUUAUAUUAGUCAAGAACUUGAUUACAUUUUUACUCGUGACAGCAUGUACAGUCUUCAAUAACAGCUUAUAUUUAUAAGAACAAAAUUCAGUGAACUUACUGUAUUUUAUUCCUUUCUAACAAAGUUAUGAUUAUAUAAAACCUGACAGAAUUUUAAUUACUUUCAGUAGAAAGUAUUUGGUGGCUAUCAUUUUAAAACUAAUGUUAUUAUAGGCAGAAAUACUUUAGGAUAUUUGAUUUUACAAAAAGUUGUACUAUUGAUUUCUUAAAUGCAGUUUAAUGGUUUAAAUUUCUGUUUUGAAAAUGUAAAUAUGUAUUGUACAGUAUAUGUAUUUACAGGUAAAAGAACCACUCUUUGGGCAAGCACUAGUGGAGAUGUGAACCGUAGCCUUUUGGUCUGGUUAAGUUUUUCAUUAAUCAAUAUUAUCACUACCAUGAGUUUUCUAUAUUUUGUUUCAAGCUGAAAUUUUCCUUUAUGGGAUUAGAUGAAUAAUGAACUCUCUCAACUGUCUCUCAUCUUUUGGAUGUUCAGCCUAAACUCGCAGCUGGCUCAAGUUUUCAUUUAUGUCCUUUCUUCAUGACCUUGUGAUCCUUCGAACUGGUUUCAUGUUUCACUUGUGUAACUGAUUUAUGCCACCCAUUGUCUCAAUAUGUGCCGAUAGUCCAAAACUAUUUAGUAAUAAUAAGGCAAUAAUAUAUUGAUAAUAUAUUGCUUUGUCUUGCACAUUCAAUCUACAUUUACAAAGAAUUUUUAUUCAUGCAUUACUGUAUAUUUCAAAGAUUUUAAUCCCACUUCUCCCUUUCUUGAUUUGAUUAUGAAACCAAUUCUAAUUCUCUUGAAAUUAUAGCUGACAAACAUGCUGAAUAUUUUUUUUAAUCAGUGAUAGUUAUAAAUGUUAUAAAAUGGAGCUUUUAAGAAUUAAUUGUAGCCAUAUGCAAGCCUGAUUAUUGAUUCAGUAAUUAAUACCAGAAUUAGAACCACAAUUGAUAAAUCAGAGUAAAUUGAGUACUGUAGGUGUUUAAAACUCAUGACUGCACGCCUUCCAUUA